AUGUCGACAUACGAGAUUGAGCACAAUACCACCGACCCGGCCACCGCAAACUCCACCCAGCGUCGUCGCCGCCCCGAUCUAUCCACCUUCUUCGCAACCCUCUCUGAGAUCACCCCGGCGCCCGACCACCGUCCCCAUGCAGUUCCCGUACCGGGUGAUGUGAGCGCCGCCUUCUACUCACUUGCGGAAGCUUUCGAGGUCAUGCGCCGCGAGUCCGGAGCUACAGGGGCUCAGGAAGACGAGGCUGGCAACACCGGUGACAGCCAGCCUAUUGGCGACGAUCUCUUGACCCAGAUGAUUCAGACACUCCUCAGCGAUGCUGAUACGCCUCCCCGGGAGGUCGAGGGAGUUAGCGAGGAAUUCUGCGACAUGCUCGACCGUGUCCCGAAAUCGUCCUUGGACGCAUCCCAGACCUGUCCCAUUUGCAAUAACCCGUUCCUGGAAGACGAGUAUCCGCUCGUGGUCCAGCUGCCCUGCCACCCCACCCACCUGUUUGACUUGGAAUGCGUGCGUCCCUGGCUCCGGCUGCGCGGAACUUGCCCUCUGGACCGGACCGACUUCGCCAAGCAGCUGAGGGAGAAGGCUGAAGCGCGUAAGAAGCUUGUUGAGGAGGACGAUGAGGAUGAGUGGGAUGGCAUGUAUGGAUGA